AUGGCACUGUUUGUACCUAUGAAAGAGGAAGACGGUAGCAUACACCCUUCUGUGUCUGAGAUUCAGGCCUUGGAGGAAUGGCAAGAAAUGGGUUCUUUUGAACCUAUUUCUACAGCAGCGGUAAUGAAAAGGCUGCGUCUGAAAUUUUCACAGAAACCGUGGAGUGAAACUGGAAAACUUGUUCGUGCCUGCAUGAAUUAUGCCCUGGAUUCUCAGCAAUGGGUCACCAAGUUUCCUGUAACCCACUUGACCGGCCGGAUGCCCAGGUUCACCAAGCGCCCUUCUGCGGUCCAUAUUAUCCUGGGAAAUGACCGGGCCAAUGAAUCUCUGUUUGCUGUGAUGAACAAAUUGGAAGUCAUAUCUAAACAAAAGCGACUUCACUCUCGUGUUAGCCCCGAUGGGACAACUUUCUAUAUAACAUCUGAAAUGUUCUGCAUAGAGAUUCAAUUUAAAGCAGACGGAGACGUCUUGGAGGUAAAACUGAUUCAACCUGGAGAAUCUCCUCAGAUCUACGAAGAUAUGUUGCUGAUUCUAAGAACGAAAAACUAUGAAGCCUUUGGAGAAGUUUUGGAAGAACUUGUCAAUCUUUACCAGACUUCAGGGAAAAGAGAAACCAAAGCCAGAAUGUAUCUUGCCCUGCAGUCUUUGGAAAAAGAUAUCACUUCACUUUCUCUUUUGGACAGGGUCCCGAAUGAGAAGAGAAUCACCAAAAUACUCUGUGGAAAAGUAGGCUACCUCAGGUCAAGAAUUGGAGGCUUGCAAAUCCCUGGCAUGAAGGCGUUUGUAACAAUUGGAGGGUCAGAUAUAACUCACAGACUCCCUCUCUAUCCAAUGAUUGUGGAUUCUUGGACAGAAGAGGCUGGCUGCUGUUACCAGAAGAUCCUAAUUGCAUUUUCUGGUCACUUUCUCUCCUGUUCAGUGGUGAUUGAAGUUCUCAGUUCAGAGGAAGUUCGGUGUACUCUUCGUACAAUUUCUGAAGACUGUGACUUAAACAUUAGCAACGACUUUCUUACCAGAGUUUUGAAGCGGUGCAUGUCUAUCCCCAUUCUUAUGAGAGCCAUUUUCAAGAAAGCUCCUAAACAAAAGCCUGAUGAAACCGUGCAAGACCUGGAAGAACUGUCUGAUCAAACCUCACCGGAGGCUUCCGAGUUGGCUGUCUCUGAAGGCAGUGGGGAUAGCUUGCAAAAUGAGGAAACUUCUUGUGAAACUUGGAGCCCCAGCACUGCAGAAAGUCUUACCGAGGCAAGCAGCCAAGCUUCAGUGAGUGGCACCACAGAAGAAAACAGCCCGUCUGUGGAAUCUUCCGAUGACAGCACAGAAGCAAACACUUCCUCUAGUAGCUUGCUGACAUCCUUUUGGGACAUGGAUAUAAUUUAGCUUUCCACUAGCGAGGCUACUUCUUCAGGAGACAAGGCGGAAGAAAGCACCACGGAUAAGUUGUGGACUUCUUCACAGCCCAGAAGAAAACCAUUCUGAAGGAGAUACGAGUGAGAAGGCUUAGCAUCUUUAAGCCUGAUUUUUAAUACUUGGUGAGGCAUGAAGUUACAAUAAAGAGAUUUUUUUUCUUUA